CUUGACGCUCAAGCCCCCCCUCAACUAUGGCAGCUUUUGGAGACGCACUCAACAACCUCGGCGACAUGAAGGACAAGGUCGACGGCGCCGUGACCAAGGUUCUCGAGAAGGGAGUGGCCUCCCAGGUCCGGAAGCUCCCCGGUGGCUCGCUCAUUGCUGGCUCUGUCUCCAAGCAGGCCGUGGCCGGUGCCAAGAAGGACCCCAAGAAGGCAGCCAAGCUUGGGCGGAUGCUCGCACGUGGGUGAGGACCAAGACAACAAUGAGGCACAUACGCAUCGACUGCACAGCUGAUCGCACAUGGUGCUUUGAUGCUGGUGCUUUUGAUUUGAUGCUGGUGCACGAGCCCAUCACCUCCUCCCGACUUGGUCUACACUUAUCUAAAUACCACUCCUCUGCGCCA